AUGACAAGAAUGCCAGGCUAUCCUGUCGCUGAUGGCGAACUAUGUAAUCUUACAAUCACAGAUCAACAACCUAGCUCUCUAGAUGCUUGUGCACAAUUAUCUGCAGAAGAGAAACUUGCUGCAGAACAGAGUCUUUCAGUUUUUUGCAAGCCUGUAGAGUUCUACAACAUUCUUCAUCACCGUGCAACAGAAAGCGCAGCACCACUUUUCCUUCCGAGAUGUUUUCAGUACAGGAUACAGGCCAGGGACAACAAAAGGAUACGAAUAGCAGUUUUUCUGUCAUGGAGUGAUGAAGAAAUUCAAAACAUGUUUCCUUUUUAUGUCAGUCUAGCAAGGCGUGAUCCUAAUAAUAAAGACGCUGAUUAUUCUACUGUUUAUCUACUUAGUCAGAUAGUCACCAUUCGAGGUUCAUCCGACGUUGAUGGGAACAGAAUAAUCACAGCAGAAUUUAAGCUUUGUGAAGUUAAUAAGUUAGCUGCGGAGGCUAAUUCUGGCUCACUUUUUCUCUUGUUUUUUACCACUGAGGGGAACUCAGUUUCAUCAUCUAGAGUCAAAGAAAGCCUGGGGCCUUUAGAUCCGACUUCUCAUGAAUCAUUAGGUGAAAAGGACUGCUUAUAUGGGAAAAUUUCUUUUCAAUCCAUUUACUUUGCUUGGAAAAAUUCUCCAAAUUUUCGUUGGGGACAACCAGCCCAGAUUAAGACUACUCUUGAUCUGCUUCCAUGUGUUUUGAAGUAUGACUUUGUAAAUAAGGGUACAACCAUCGCAAUCCAAGAUCUAUGGAAUUCUGAGAUUGUGAGUAUAUCAAAGAGCGUUGAAAUCAGAAUCAUUGCUGAAGAGAUCAAGGCCAUGGAGAAAUUUUGCAACCGUAGAAAUGCAUUACCAUCAUCAUCAAGAUCAUCAUCAUCUCGUGUCAUUCGGUUGAGAGAAGGAAAUGUGACAUUUAAUUACAGGUAUUACAAUAACAAAUUACAGAGAACAGAAGUCUCUGAAAAUUUCUCCUGUCCAUUCUGUUUGAUUAAAUGGGGAAGCUAUAAGGGUCUAAGAUGUCACUUGCUUGCAUCACAUGAUCUUUUCAAAUUUGAAUUUUCGGCAUCGGAAGAUUGUCUGGCUGUUAAUGUGUCUCUGAAUUUUGACAUAUGGAGAUUUGAGCUUGUUGGAGAUGGUGUUGAUCCAAAAUUGCAAACUUUUUUCCUUCAUGGCAAGCGAAUGACACACAUAAGUCCAGAAAAUGCAUGUUUUGAAGUGGUCCAGGAUGUAGACUCACCGACCUUAGCUAAUAAUGCAGACCCACCGGCCUUAGCUAAUAAUGCAGACCCACCGGCCUUAGCUUUGGAAGCAGACCCGCCGGCCCUAGCAAUGGACGAAGACCCGCCGGUCUUAGCAAUGGACGAAGACCCUCCGGUCUUAGCUAUUGAUGUGGACUCACCGGUUUUAGCUAUGGAUGUGGACUCGCCGAUCUUAGCUACGGAUGCAGACUCACCAAUCCUAGCUACGGAUGCGGACCCGACGAUCUUAGCUACGGAUGCAGACCCGCCGGUAUUAGCUACAGAUGAGGACCCGCCAGUAUUAGCUAUGGAUGCGGACUCGCCGGUCUUAGCUACAGUUGCGGACGAGCCGGUCUUAGCUACGGUUACAGACCCACCGGUCUUAGCUACGGGUGCGGACCCGCCGGUAUUAGCAAUGGAUGCGGACCCACCGGUCUUAGCCGUGGGUGCAGAUCCACCGGUCUUAGCCGUUGAUGCAGACCCGCCGGUCGUAGCCGUGGUUGCGGACCCGCCUGUCUUAGCCGUGGAUGCAGACCCGCCGGUCGUAGCCGUGGUUGCGGACCCACCUGUCUUAGCCGUUGAUGCGGACCAGCCUGUCCUAGCCGUGGAUGCGGACCAGCCUGUCCUAGCUGUGGAUGCAGACCCGCCUCUCCUAGCUAGGAAUGCAGACCCACCAGUCUUAGCUAUGGAUGCAGACCCACUAUUCUCAGAGUCUGAAACUCCUUUAGGAGAUAAUGAGUUUUUAAAGAAGAUUGAUGGAAGUUCUGCAACUAUAUCAGGGGAUGAAAAUGCAAGUAUUGUGUCCAAUCCCAAUCCAAACCGCGUCCCACUAAUAUCUAAGCAUGAUCAUGGGACUCCUGCAGGGCUACAGAUUGGCAAUACAAGGAAGUUACCAGUUGAACAUUUUGACCCACAAAACAUAGCCCGGUUGACGAAGCGGCAGUUUUAUCAUUCUCACAAAGCUCAGGCAAUGUCACUUGAAGAAGUUCUAUCAAAUUAUGAUAGUGAGGAUGAUGUUGAUGAUGAAGUUGCAGAUAUUGAAGAGCGGGUGAAGCUUGAUCUUCACCCUUUGAGCAAAGAAGAGAAGCAAUUCAUGUUGAUGUGGAACUCAUUUAUUCGGAAGCAACGUGUGCGGGUAGAUUCUCACAUUCGUUGGGCAUGCAAGGCUUUCUCAGUAUUGCAUGGCUCUGAGAUUGUUAAAUCCCGCGAAUUAACUUGGUAUUGGACAAUGUUCAGGAUCAAAUUAUAUAAAUUGGGUCUUAUAGAUGGAAAAAUCGUCAAUGAUUGCAGUAAUAUUCUCGAACAACACGUGAAGCAUAAUUCAAAUCCUGAGAUCCCAGUAGCUAAUAUAAACUCCAUUCAUUUCUCCCCUCUUAAAAAUAAAAGAAAUAAGAAGAUAACACAGAAAUGA